CCGCAUUUGCCUUCCGGCUCGGAAUUGACUGCAUAUCCUUAUAAUUCGUGUCUUAGACGCCUCCGCUCCUUCGGUCGAAGAAGAUGUUCAACCGCAAUAAUUAUCCUUCUGUGCCUAAUCCUUUCGGCUCUCGUCCCUCUCGAGGUGACGGUUAUGCGAAUCCAAACCAGGGACCACCUCCUUACCCGCCCAGGUCGGGAGCAAGUCCCGGAGGAUACGGAGCACCGCCGCAGUCUAUGGGAAGGCCCCCGCAGGCGCCUUCAAGGGUUCCGGUUGGCGAGAAGCCCGUGAGCUCAGGCAGAGCGUGGACGCUGCGUCCUGCAAAGAGCCCGGAUAAUGUUUAUACGUUCGGAAACUUGGUUGCCGUUUCCACCCAGGAUUUCCCACCCUCCCGUGAUGGACACGAUCUCCUACUACUUAUCAACGACCUCUAUGUCUUCUCCGCUCGCCCGCUCGAAGGGUUUUCCCCGGGACACAUCAGCAUGUCGGACCCCCAGCGAACAUGGGCCGGUGUCGCUUUCACAGACUCCGUCAAGGUCCAGAUUUAUGACCCCUUCAGUCAGGGCGGAGAGGCAUACGUCGGUUCUACAGAUAUCGAGGUAGGAUUUGCUGGGAAAAAGAGGGUUGAGACCCCUUACGAUCAAGAUGAGCUGGGAAGUGCUGUGAUCAAGAACUUCGAAAAUCAGAUCUUUGCCCCCGGUCAGAAGAUCCUUAUGGAUCACCGGAGUAUCCCCCUUCUCUUGACGGUCAAAACUGUCCAAAGAGUUGAUCUGUCUUCUGAGACCCCUGAUCCUAGCGGAGGAAGUGUCGAGACGGAUCCUGCGGCGAGAGGUAUCCUCACCAGGCACUCCCAGAUUACCUUCUUCAAGGAUGCCCGUACCGGCAUCAACAUGAAGCCUUCGAACCGCCGGCCAGCAGCCAACUCUAUCAUUCAGCCUGACUUCAAGUUCGAGAACAUGGGCAUCGGUGGUCUUGAUUCGGAAUUCAGCACCAUCUUCCGUCGUGCAUUCGCCUCCCGUAUUUUCCCUCCAGGACUGGUGGAAAAACUCGGACUUCAGCACGUCAAAGGUAUCCUGCUCUACGGUCCCCCGGGAACUGGUAAAACAUUGAUUGCUCGACAAAUUGGAAAAAUGUUGAACGCCAGGGAACCCAAGGUCAUCAACGGACCGGAAGUACUGAACAAGUACGUUGGUCAAUCAGAAGAGAACAUCCGAAAACUAUUUGCGGAUGCCGAAAAGGAAUACAAGGAGAAGGGCGAAGAAAGCGGUCUUCAUAUCAUCAUCUUCGAUGAACUGGAUGCUGUCUGUAAGCAGCGUGGCAGUGGAGCGGGCGGUGGUACCGGUGUCGGUGAUAGCGUGGUGAACCAAUUGCUCUCGAAACUCGACGGUGUAGAUCAGCUCAACAACAUUCUGCUCAUUGGUAUGACCAACAGAAAGGACAUGAUUGAUGAAGCACUGUUGCGCCCCGGUCGUCUCGAAGUUCAUAUGGAAAUCUCCCUUCCUGACGAGUCAGGUCGAGCCCAAAUCCUCAAGAUCCACACACAAAAAAUGCGGGAUAACAACGUCAUGGACGAUGAUGUUGAUCUGCCCGAGCUGGCCCUAAUGACCAAGAACUUUUCUGGUGCUGAAAUUGCCGGUCUUGUCAAAUCCGCAUCUUCCUUUGCUUUCUCUCGGCAUAUCAAGGUUGGAACAAUGGCCAGCAUCAGCGACGAUGUCGUGAACAUGAAGGUCAACCGGUCUGACUUCCAUCAUGCUCUUGAUGAGGUCAAGCCCGCGUUUGGUGUUUCCGAGGAAGAGCUGUCAAGUCGUAUCCAAUACGGCAUUAUGCACUUUUCGCCUAAUAUCAACGAAAUUCUAAGGGAGGGAGAGCUGUUUGUAAAGCAAGUCAGCAAUGCUGAAUCCUCACCCCUGUUUUCAGUCUUGCUCCACGGCCCCCCCGCAAGUGGCAAGACUGCCCUCGCAGCCCGGAUUGCCAUCGAUUCUGGCUUUCCCUUCAUUAAACUGAUCAGUCCUGAGGACAUGGUUGGCUUCAGCGAAAUGGCCAAGGUUCAGCAUAUCAGCAAGAUCUUCGAUGAUGCCUACAAAAGUCGGACGAGUGUUGUCGUCGUUGAUAAUAUCGAGAGACUUAUUGAGUGGGUUCCUAUUGGGCCUCGCUUCAGCAACACAAUUCUGCAGACCUUGAUGGUCUUCUUGAAGAAGCAGCCGAAUAAGGGCCGGCGACUUUUGAUUCUAGCAACCUCAACGGAGAGAGCGGUACUGAAGCAGCUGGACGUAUACAACUCCUUCAAUGCCGACAUUAUGGUUCCAAAUGUGAUGACAUAUGAUGAGCUGAAACACAUCCUGGAGCAGUCGGGCGCAUUUGAUGAGCAGGAAGUCGGGCAGGUGCUGGAGAGCAUUGGCGCCAUCUCAGACGACCGUACCAUCGGUGUGGGUGUGAAAAAGGUUCUCUUGGGAAUUGAGACAGCCAAGCAGGAUGCGGAUAAAGUUGGACGCUUUGUGCGUGUCAUCAACAGGGCCAUCGAAGAGGAGCGUAGCUUUGCGUAAAGUGUUGUGGCUACUGCCGGGUGAGGGCUACGAUAUUGUUGUUAUGCUGGUUAUUCACUUGUAUACUGCUGAAACAGGUAUUCAUAAUGACAAUGAUAUGACUGUACCGGAUAUGAGAAAUCCGGUGGGCGGUGUUCGGUUGAAUAAGGUGGUGGCAGGGAAUUCCCUCUUC